AUGAUCGCGGAGAAGCUGCGGGAGGCGCUGGAGCCGGGGCGGCGGGAGGCGGCGGCGGAGCUGGGCCGGCCUCUGGCCGCCGCCGCCCGCUCCGUGCUGCUGCAGCGCAUCGAGUUCGCGCCCGCCCGCCGCGGCCUGGCCGGGCAGCUGCAGCGUCUGCGGGGCAAGUACGAGCACAUCGGGGCCGAGGCCCCCCGCCGCCCGCUCGGCACCACCGUGGAGCGGGUGGAGGGUCCCCCCCGUGCUGCUAUCCCCGCUGACUCUCUGCUCCCCACAGGACACGGCCAUGCCCUGCCCGGUCCCACGGGUGACGGCAUCCCCGCCCCGCAGAAGGUGCUCUUCCCAGCCCAGAGCCUCUCCAUGAAGUGGGAGCGGGUCCACCGUGUGGGUGCCGGGCUCAGUAACCUGGGGAACACCUGCUUCCUAAACUCGGCGCUGCAGUGCCUGACCUACACACCGCCGCUCACCAACUACCUGCUGUCCCGGGAGCACGGGCGCACCUGUGCCCACGGAAGCUUCUGCAUGAUGUGCACGAUGCAGAACCACACGAUACAGGCUUUUGCCAACAGCGGCAAUGCAAUAAAGCCACUCUCCAUCAUCCGAGACCUCAAGAAGAUUUCCCAUAACUUGCGCUUCGGCAGGCAGGAGGACGCACACGAGUUCCUGCGUUACACCAUCGAUGCCAUGCAGAAGGCCUGCCUGAAUGGCUACACCAAGUUGGAUCGCCAGACCCAGGCCACAACUCUGGUUCACCAGAUCUUCGGUGGUUACCUGCGGUCCCGUGUGAAAUGUUUGGAGUGCAAGACUGUCUCGGAUACCUAUGACCCUUACUUGGAUGUGACACUGGAGGUCGAGCGAGCUGCAAACAUCGUGCGGGCCCUGGAGCUGUUUGUGAAGCCAGAGCAGCUGGGUGGGGACAACGCUUACAGGUGUAGCAUGUGCAGGAAGAAAGUUCCAGCCAGCAAACGUUUCACCAUCCACCGAGCCUCCAACGUUCUCACGAUUUCCCUGAAGCGCUUUGGCAGUUGCAGCUCUUCAGGUGGAAGGAAAAUCACCAAGGACGUGGGAUACCCUGAGUUCUUGGACAUCCGCCCUUACAUGUCUGAGCCCAAGGGCGAUCCCAUCACCUAUGGACUCUAUGCAGUGCUGGUGCACUCUGGAUACAGCUGCAAUGCAGGGCACUACUUCUGCUAUGUGAAGGCCAGCAAUGGGCAGUGGUAUCGAAUGAAUGACCAUGAGGUCCGCCCCAGCAACAUCAAGGUUGUUCUGAACCAGCAGGCCUAUGUGCUGUUCUACCUGAGGCUGUGCAGCCCCAGGAAGAGCUCAGCAGGGCCCAUGGCCACGGCUGCCCUCAGCCUGCCCAGCUGCACUGGCAGUGACUCCAAGCUCAUGAAGAAAACUGAGAUUAACGGGGCCCUGUCUGUGCCACCGAUGGGCCUGAAGCAAGACAAGCUGCUGGGGAAGGGGCUGCCAGGCCCAGGUGAUGUUGGAGUGCCUGUCGCCCGCAGCUUUCCUGGGAUAGGAUCAAAGCUGACAAACGGAAUUGCUCUGUCAAAGCUGCCCUCUCAGACGCCAUCAUCCAAACUGCCCCACAAAGCCACCCCACUGGGCUGUGACACAGUCCAGAGGCCCAAGAAGCCACAGACACCUGGCAUGCCCAGAGCAGGCUUCCAUGCCACCAGCACCAUGAGUGGGGCCAAAGCAGGGCUGCCCCCACAGGGCUCAGCCAGUGAGAAGCCACCUACCUCAUCCAAGCUGCUGAAGUGCAGUCAGGAGCCCAGUGGGGCGAUGGCCAGGAUCCUGCAGAAGGAUUCCCAGGGCAGCACAGUAGGGCAGCUGCCCAACGAGACCCACAAGGCCAGGAGCAAUUCCAGCAGCUUCUGCACCUCUCAGGGAAAGGACUCUGGCACCCACCUGCCCACUGGCCUUGGCACCAAGCCAGCUGUCUCUAAAGACUCUGACCUGGCUGCCCCCAAAAGCUCCGGGACAGCCACGGUAAAACCCUCCCUGCUGGGCAGUGCCACGCUGAACUGGGGCAGCACCACAACUCCACUGCUGGCUAAGAAACCAGUGCUCUCAGCCAGAAAGGGCAAACCCUCUCAGAAGGUGAGCAUGAAUGACCACCAAGCACAGUCCCAGCCCUCAGCCACCACCCAUCCUGACUCCACUCCUGGACCUCUGGACAAGUCCAGCAGGAACACGGGAUCUGGCCAGCUGGAACCAGAGCGUUCCUGCAGAAAGAAGCGUCGGAAGAGGAAGCAUCGUAGCACGGACAGGAGCCCUUGUGCUGUGGCUGUGAAGGACGUGGAUGAAGUCUCCAGUCCUCCCAAGAAGGAGAGAAUUGUUUCUCCAGAGGGCUUCAAGGACAAAGACUCCAGGUCCCCCAAGAAGGAGGACGUUGGCUCUCGGAAGGACUUCAUUGAUAAAGACUCCAGGCCCCCCAAGAAGAAAAUUGUCUCUCCAGGGGACAUCAUGUCUGUCAUGGGGAAGGAGGUGGCAGACAAGGGUCCCAGCCAUGGUCCAGUCUGUCAGGACAUGAAGAGUGGGCCCAAGCAACAUGUGCCAGAGCCCAGUAUUGACCUGGCCAUGGAGCCAACUUUCCUUCUCAAGAGGAAGAAGAAGAAAAAAAAGAAUAGGAGUAAAGACAGGCCUUUGAAGAAGACAGAAGAGUGCAGCUCUGGGAUGCUGUCUUCAGACAGCUCCGGGACAACUGAGGCAGAGCCCUGUGAGACACAUCAGAGCGUGGAGGCUGGAGAGCACAAGCACCGCAAACGCAAGUGGAUGGAAAGCCUGGCUGCCAACACUGUCCCUGCCACCACUACCAGCACCCCAGUGGCAGCACAUCCCAGUGACAACCAGACUGAGGAUCAGAGGCACUCCGUGGCUGCCCUGAGCCCUGUGGCCAGCAGUUGGGCUGGCACAGCCCCUGAGGGCCAGGAGUCCAGCGUGGUGGACAAGCUGCUCCAGAAUUCCUUGGACAGGGCUUACGGCAAACAAGUCCUGACCUGGCAAGGUGAAAUUUCGGCCGUGAGCCAGGAUGCCAUUCGAGACACAGCACUGGCCCAAAGCAAGACCGUCAUUGAUGAGUGGGACCAGGAGUUUGACAAAGGAAAGGUAAAGAAAAUGAGGAAGAUGAAGCAGGAGCGGAGGAGAGACUCCAAUCCGUUCCAGAAGUUGCAGAACAAGCGCAACUUCUGGUUGAUGUCACAUCCUGCCAAGAUGGCCAGCUUGGGCCACCGGCUCUCAGGGUGAGAUCUGCAUCCCCGACUGCUCAGGGAGCAGUCCCAGGUCAAGGACCGAGGGCAGCACUGUCCUGGGAGCUGUUGGUGGACCACGCUCAGAGGGGAGGGAACACAGCUGCAGCCCUGGGCUUGUGCCUUUUCCACCGGGGAGCUGCUUUUCCAGCUGCAGAGGAGCCUGCCCACUCUGCCUUGCCUCCAGCCUGCCUCGGCCAGGCUCCUGGUCAGCGUCUCCGUGCCUCUUGCCCUCCUUCCCCCAGCCCGCAUCUGCGGGGGCUCCUGGCAAGUGCCUCAAGCCCAUCCCUGUUGCUCCGUGCUGCUGUGCCUCCCCUUCC